AUGUAUAGUGGUGCAAGUUCCUUCCUUGUCGGCCUUGCUAGUACUAAGCAGGACAUCGACUAUAGUUAUAAGCCUGGAUUUGCUGCUGCAAAGUUCCUCUACUACCUAAAGGACGACCCAGCUAAGGAGCUGGCAUUUAUGCGAAUCUAUCGUCAGAUCCCAACUUCUGGCACUGAGUGGUUAGCCUCUAGUGUCCGAGCCGCUCAGGCAGUCCCGCACAUAAAUAUUAAGGAGUUAACGGCCUUCAAAUCUCUAUUGGAACAAGUAUGUCCUGUCAUUCCUCAGCUUUUAGGCUACCAAGAAGACUUGCAGGGAAAUGAUAGUAUCGUUCCUGGAGUUUUCGCUACCUCGAUUGUCUAG